AGCUGAGGAUGCCAUAUCGCCUUGUGGCAAGUGGGAGUUAUAUUAGCUUGCUGUGCAGAAAAUUCAUACAUGGGGAUGGAGAUGUAAUCAUUUUUUGGUUUGUCCUGAUAUAGUUACAUCUAAAGAGAACAAACGUUGUAAAGCUAGCUUGGAAAUAAGACCAAAACUUUAAUGUUCAAUCUUCAUAAGCCUCAACUACUAGUUACUUCCAGGUGAGGAGUUUUGGAAGGGGUAACAAUGAUGCCUUCAGAAUCAUAUAUUAUGAGCCCAGAAAAAUCUGGUGGCUGACAUUUCUCUCCCAUGAGAAUGUUCUUCUGCCAAACUGGUUGUUCACGGGAGAACAUGAACGCUUGCGUCAAUAUCUCCAGGUUGAUAAUCAUUGACUGACGCUGUCAUGACUACAUGGUUUAUUUCAAUGGCACGAUCUUCAUCUAAAAAUUCAUGGCAAGCUCCCCAUUGACGACGCAGUUUGCGCGAGUGGGAAGCGCACUUGAUCAACGCAAAAGCGCAUAGAAGAUGUAUAACUGCUGCCUGCGAGGCCAGAUUGAGACGAGUUAAGUGGUGGUGCUGGUGUGAAGAUAAAUUGGCGAGCCGUGAGCAGUGGGUGAAGAAAUUUAUAGGCUUCUGGGUUUCGGUGAACAUUGACCUUCACUGGUUUUCAGCAUGCAAUGCAAAACUUGAUUAGUUUGCAUUUUUGCUUUCAACCUGAAUCGACUUGGUGGUUUGGUUUUAGGUAACCGACUUCUCUCGAUAAUAGUUGAACCUAUCCCAGACGGAGUGGCAUUGAGAACCAAGCGAGGGUGGUCAAUGCUCGUAAGCACAAAAGUUUCUGCGUCUGACCACAAGUUAUCAAUUUUGUUUUUAUACAAAUUACAUUCCUUCUUUUUUAACUAUUUUUUCCUGUUCAAUUACUCUUUCUCAUGUCAUGAGGCUGUGGCUUAUGACAAAUAAAAAGAUUAUAAAAUUGUUAGUAAAAUACAUAGGAUUUAUAAGAUUUAAAAUCGUUGGAGUAUUUUGAAAUUUAAUGUAAUACCAUUUACCCUGAUCUUAACGUAAGAAAACCUCCUAAUUUUCUAAUAAAAAAAAUUUACUAAACAAAAUUGUAGAGUCCAAACCCUCGUUUCGUUCUCCCUAACCCUAACAUUUUAACACUCAAAUAAAGAGCUUUUCCAUUUAAAAAUUAAAAUAAUUGUUCCUCACCUUUGAAAACAGUCUUCUUUCUUCUUCUUCACCUCUGUUGAAUUAAAAUUGAAAAAAUUUUCCAGAAAUGCCUAAUCGUUCACAAAUUUCCCUAUACAAAUUCCUUUUGAGACAUCCUUUUCAAUCAUUUCCACAGACCACAUCGACAUUUCCCAUUAACUCGCUUUUACCUUUUCCAGCUCAACUCGUUGCCAACUCAGUCCCAUCACCGAAACCUACUUUUUCCCACUCAAAACCCUACCUUUUUCUCUACCCAAUCUCCCAAACCUCACAAACUCAACACCCAAUUCACCAAAACCUGAGGAAGUACAGUACUGAGUCAGCAUCUGUGUUGGAUGUGAACAAGGAGGUUGACUCGAUCAACCUCAAGUUUGCAGAGGCAAGAGAAGAGAUAGAGAUGGCAAUGGAGUCUAAAGAGACUGUUUAUUUCAACGAAGAAGCAGAAUGUGCUCGUGCUGCUGUUAAAGAGGUUUUGGACAUGUUUGAAGGGCUUUUGGGGAAGCUACCCGAAUCCGAAAAGGCGGCUUUGCAACGUUCAAUGGGACUCAAGAUUGAGCAAUUGAAGGCUGAGCUUCAACAGUUGGAUGAUUGAUGAGGUUGGUUCAGAUGGGUUUACCUCAAAAUCUUUUUCUUGCUUUGUUUUGCUUCAUCUGUCAUACUUGAUAGAGCUGAGGGAUUAGUGAUUUUGGCUCACAUUUAAUUGGGUUGAAAAAGAUAUGAUUUUUUAAUAACGGGUUAGUGUGUUUUACGUUCUAUAAUUAUGAUUUUGAUGGUGAUGAUUAAGGAAAGUAGUAUUUAGAGAGAACAAUUUAGAAUUUUUAUAAACUUGUAUUAUCUAUAAUUAGAUGAUAAUAACACCCUUACUGUUUAUCUGAUGUUUUUGUUGCUAUUGACGGCUUCUUUGGCAGUAGUGCUCAAGAUAGCCAGAUUCUUGAUUUUGUUACUUCCAAGAAGUAUCAACAAAUUUAGAAAUAGUUUAAAGUAAAAUAAUAU